AUGGAGCAAGAGGAAGAUAGAAGAUAUAGAGGAAGAACAGGAGAGGAGGAGGCACAGAAGGAAAAGAAAGUUAUCUGCUGGGACAUCGAGGCAAUAAAAAGUUUUAUUGCAAAUACGGAAGAAAUAGGCUGGACGGAAGAGCAGGAAGAGAUGAGUCUAGAUUUUACAUGGAAGAAACUAAAAGAGCUAGUAGAUAAGGCAAUGAUAAAAAAGGAUAUUAGGAUCAAAACAAAAAGAAUAGGAUUCAAGGAAUGGUGGGACAGAAGUUGCACAAAGAUGAAAAGGGAUACCAAGAGAAGCUAUAAGAAAUGGAAAAGUGAUAACAUAACGAGGAAAGAAUACUUAGAACAGAAUAAGGAAUGGAGAAGAUAUAUGGAAAAGAAAAGAAAAGAGAAAAGAGAAGAAGAAGAGAAAACACUGAAAAUGAUUAGGACGGAAGCAGAGGUAUGGAGAUUUAUAAACAAAAGGAGAAAGAAAAGAGAAACGAGAGAGCCAAAUAUAGAGGUGGAAGAAUGGAGAAAGCACUUUGUGAAUCUGCUAGAAGGGCAGGAGACGCGUGAGGAAGAAGAGGACAAGGGGAACGAGGAAUGGNAAAAAGAGGACGAACUAAGAAAAGAGAAGAGGCAAGUGGACGACCCAUCGGAAGAAGAAAUAAGAAAGGUUGCAAAGAAAAUGAAAAUGAAAAAGGCAGCGGGAAUAGAUGACAUUCCAAUGGAGGCCUGGAGACUAGAGGGAGAAACGGUAAAGAAGGGGUUGACUGAGGUAAUAAGGAAGGCUUGGUGCAAAGGAAACAUACCGGAAGAAUGGAGAAAAAGUAUACUAGUCCCCAUAUACAAGAGAGGUGAUCACAAUGUCGCGGCAAAUUAUAGAGGGAUAUCACUGCUGUGCACUGCAUAUAAAGUGCACGCAGAAUUGAUAAGAAGUAGAUUAGAGCAAGAAGUAGAAGAGAAGGAAAUGAUCCCGGAAAAUCAGGCAGGAUUUAGAAAAGGAAGAUCGACUCUAGACAAUAUAUAUGUGGUGAACCAUUUGGUCCAGAGGGAAAAAGCCAAUGAGACAGAGAGAGAGAAAGUAUACGCACUGUUCAUCGAUUUGAGAGUAGCCUUCGACAAUGUAGAUAAGAAGGUGUUGUGA